AUGAACGAAGGGUUUCACCUGUUUAUGGCCACUGUCCAUCUUCAUCUUGUUCAAUGCAUGUCGGAACGCAAUGUGGCUCGGCGUAAUGUUCUCUUCUUCAUAGUGGUACGGAGCCGCGGCUCAGAUAUGCUCAUUUAUCGCGCCCUCAAUGUGCCAGCUCUCACCACCGUGCUGAGGGGCUUGGGGUGUCAGGUGGGUGUUGGCGAGUUUGAAUAUCACCUGGAGUCCUCCAAAUUCCUCCUUUAA